UUUGGUUGCAAGAAAUUAACAAUGUCUCGUUCAGUUUCUCAUUUCAUGACCACUGCCUCCCUUUUUCUUCAUGCAUUGAUUCUCAGCCUCACUAUUCACCGGGCUAUAAGUGUCACUGAUGCUCCCAAGUACUGCGAACCCAUUACAGCGAAUGAUGCUGAUAGCGUUCAAUUUGCUUUGAACGCGGAGUACUUGGAGGCUGAGUUUUUUCUGUUCGCUGCUCUUGGCAGAGGACUCGACAGCACCAAUCCAGGUUAUAGCAAAGGCGGUCCUCCUCCUAUUGGUGGUCAGAAGGCCCUUCUUGAUGACCCUGUUGUUGCUCCUAUCAUUGAGGAAUUCGCUUAUCAAGAAGUUGGCCAUAUCAGAGCGAUCACUAGAACAUUUGGAGGAUAUCCGAGGCCUCUCUUAGACAUCAGCCGUGAGAAUUUCGCAAGAUUUUUCAAUAAGAUAGCGGGUUACUCCCUCAUCCCUCCAUUUAACCCCUAUGCAAACUCCAUCAAUUUUCUGCUAGCAACCUAUUUUAUCCCUUAUCUGGGACUGAAUGGCUAUGUCGGCACCCUUCCACGCCUCAUCGACCCUAAUUCGCGCAGGUUGGUUGCAGAACUAAUGGCAAUUGAAGGUGGACAAGAUGCAGUGGUACGUACGUUACUGUACAAGAAAGCAAAUGAGACGGUGGUUCCGUACAAAUUUACGGUGGCUGAAUUCACAAACCUCAUCUCUGCACGUCGGAACUUCCUCGGUGGGUGUGGUAACAAAGAUGAAGGCAUCAUACUGCCUAACCAGAAGCUCGGGGCAGAAAACCAGACAACAAGCAACGUUCUAUCCGCUGAUGCGAAUUCGCUUGCCUAUGCGAGAACCCCGGCUGAGAUCUUGAGGAAUCUCUAUGGAAGUGGCAGUGAAUCUAAACCUGGCGGGUUUUUCCCUAAAGGAGCUAAUGGAGCUAUUGCAAGGCGCUACCUUACCGGCUACGAUUACUAAUUAGGAUAGCAGCUGCAUGCUGCUGAUACAAAUGCUGCCUAGCUACUAUCAUAGACAAAUAAGUGCUACGUACAAUUGUGAUUCGAAUACAGUAUGACAGUAUGAAAUUAAUAUCCAAAAGUUUACUGAAUGAAUAAAUAAGUUAGUC